UCGGUAAUUCGGUCAGGUGUUCUGAGAAACCAAAACCCCCUCUCCAAACCGGGCUACGGCGGCGGCGGCGGCGGCGAGUUGUGAUGGCUGACGACGCGGAGAGCGAGCGAGCCGCUGCUGCGGCCGCGGGCGAAGGGCAGGCUCCGGCGAUGUCUAAAAGCGCGAGGAAGAAACUGAUGAAGCAGGAGCGGCAGGCGGCGCAGAAGGCGGCACGGAAGGCGGCGGAGAAGGAGCGCCGGCGAGCCGACAUAGAGAGGAGAAGGAGCGAGUGGGAGGAGGCGCUGGCCGCGGCGCCCUCUGAGGAGGCGCGAGCCGAGAUGGUGGAGGCGCGACGGCAGACACGGCGCGAGCGGGUGGGGCGGCGCGCAGAGGAGCGCGGCGCACGCGCCGAGCGGCUCCGCCGCGCGGCCGAGGGCGCCGGGCAGAAGGUUGUGCUGGACCUCGACUUCGGAGAUCUCAUGCGGCCGAACGAGAUUCACAGCCUCACGCAACAGAUCAUGUAUUGUUAUGCAGUUAACGGGAGGUCUGCAACCCCGGCUCAUCUAUGGUUGACAGGUUGUAAUGGAGAAAUGGCAACACAUAUUCAAAAGAUUCCUGGGUAUGAUAAGUGGAUGAUUGAGAAAGAGGCCAAGCCUUACCUUGAAGCAUUUGAAGAUUGUAAAGAAAACCUUGUGUACCUUACAGCGGACGCUGAGACUGUGCUUGAUGAUUUAGACAUGUCAAAAAUAUACAUCAUUGGUGGCCUAGUGGACCGGAACAGAUGGAAAGGUAUUACACUGAAAAAGGCGGUUGAUCAGGGGAUUCAAUGUGCCAAACUCCCUAUUGGAAAUUAUUUAAAGAUGUCUAGUUCUCAGGUUCUUACAGUUAACCAAGUGUUCGAGAUAAUGCUGAAGUUUGUGGAAACAAGGGACUGGAAGGCUUCGUUCUUUCAUGUGAUCCCACAAAGGAAAAGAGGAGAAGCUGAAGCUAGAGAUGAUGGGGCCAAUGUAAGCAUAAAUGAUGACGAUGCUGCCGAAUGGCCUGCAGAUGAAGGUGAUCUUGCCAAGGGUUUUGAUGAGGAAGUAGAUGAUGACGAUGGUGAUGAUGAAGAACUACAAGAGGCCGAGACCGAUGUGGCUAAGAAAAAGCAGUGUAUUAGACAUGAAAAUGGUGAGGCAGAGGACGCGUCGAUGAGGCCAGCUGACGAUCACUCUUCCGGUGCUGUAGCAGAGACGAAACCCACCGGAGGCCCUCUCCCCCAGACCGAGCAGAGUAAAGAAAGCAAUGGUGCCGAUGACUGAAGAAGACUCGGCUGCAGGUGUACGAUCACUGUUCUGUAGAAACUACUUUUGUUUAAUUACGGGGUACAUUGUUUGGAGCGCUCUCUUUUCGUGUAUCUCUGUCGUGUUUGACAACCUGCUAUUUUUAUUUAUGGCUAUAAGCAUAUAAGGUAGCCCUGAACCAGCUGCUGCUCCUGCAAGCAUUUGGCCAGUGAUUUUUGCCCAAUGGACUCCAAAACACCAAAUGUGAAUGCUUUCUUCUGAUUCGUGAACUCAGAAACAUACAUC